CUUCCGAGCUAGCAACACUGCUGCAUUUAAAGUCAUUCGUCGGCAGUGUUGAUGACAUAACAAAAUAUCAAAAAUUUCGUAAAUUUUCUUCUCGUUGCAUAUCGUCGCAAUAAAAUAAUCAAAAUGUUGUCAUUGAGACAGAAAAUUACUCCUAUCGGAAAUGUCGUUGCCGGCUUCUUACGUUCGAAACACACUUUACCAGAACUACCAUACGAUUACAAGGCCCUUGAACCGAUAAUUUGCGCCGAAAUUAUGGAGCUGCAUCACAAAAAGCACCACCAGGCCUACGUAACCAAUUACAAUGCGGCUGAGGAACAACUUGCCGAUGCUGUGCAGAAAAGCGAUACGACCAAAAUUGUUGGGCUGCAAAAUGCUUUGCGCUUCAACGGUGGCGGUCACUUGAAUCACGACAUUUUCUGGAAAAAUCUGACACCAAAGACCACCAACUUGUCACCCGAACUGAAGUCAGCUGUGGAGACUACGUACGGCGAUUUUGAAACAUUCAAGAAGACUCUGAUUACUACGACCACCGGCGUUCAAGGGUCUGGAUGGGGCUGGUUGGGAUACAAUAAAUUAACGAAAUCGUUGCAAAUCACCACGUGCGCAAAUCAGGAUCCUCUUCAAGCUACAACUGGUUUGAUUCCUUUGCUUGGCAUCGACGUCUGGGAACACGCUUACUAUCUGCAAUACAAAAACGUUCGUCCCGACUAUGUUGAGGCCAUUUUCGAUAUCAUCAAUUGGAAUGAUGUGUCGGCACGUUUUGCGGCAGCAAAGGCUUAACGAGAGAUCAAUCUGUUCUUUUUGGCAUUUGCAUAAGUUUUGCAUUUCUUUGCUUGAUUUUAGUUGUCAGGCGCUCCUCUACUGAUGAUGCUCUAAUGGAUUAAUAAUAAAAAUAAACGAAAAAUUGGAA